CUUUUAGGAUGCCGGAACUUCUAGAGGGCCGGCCAGCAGGCAAACGGCGAGUUUGUGGACCGUCAGGGUCCCCCAAACAGGGCUAGGGAUCCGCCUCUUGUGAGAGGAAGCGCAAGUUAAAUAGUCCCGGCCAUUCAGCGCUUCCGCCUAACUUGCCGCAAAGUUUUUCUGGAGAAGUCGGGGUUUUUUUUCCGAGCGCUUUUGCAGGCUGCUGGAGCUAACCCUUACUUUCUAAACCUGGGGUGGUUUUACGUCCGGGCUUUUUGAACUCUACACUCUCCUACAUUCUAGGAGCUGGGUGGGAGUAGGGCACGGUGUGCCUCCGCGCUCCCCGCGGGGCAGCCGAACCCCGGAGGAAGGGGCGGAUCGGGCGCGGUGUUUGGGACGAAGCUGGGCGCGCGGCGCUCGAAGCACUCACUCGGCGGGUUUCGUGGUUGGUGGAGACAGCAAGGGCACCCCGCAGACCGCACCCGUCGAGCUAUAGGUUCGCAGGCCCGACUCGACGGCUUCCCUAUUGCUGGCCCAGCCUAUGGUCAUUGGGGGCCAUUUCUUGCAGAGAUGCCCAGCUCCCUGAAGCGCUCGCUCUUCUCCAGAGUUGACCAAAGGUGCUCUUCCCCGCAGACCCUAACCACACCCAGUGGCAGAUGGAUUUCUUUGUAACUGGCUUUCUCACAUAUAUCAUCUCUUCUUUUGAUCACUGUUCCUGAUUGUGACAUUGUGCAAGUGUUAAAUUGUGUGCCUUUUGUUCCUGAAGAAAGAGUUGGUGCUAACAAUCCCCUACUCUGGCCUCUGGACCUAGCUUGAAGUUCUGGAUUAAUUUCCUUCUUCCUUGUACCUCAGCCUGAGCCUUCUGUCACCCAAAGGGCUCCAGCUUUUUUUCACUCAGGCCUCACUUUAUCUUCCAAGAUGAAGGAACUAAGACACAGAGGUUGAGACUUGUCUAAAGUAACAUGACCAGUAAGUGCUUGAAUUAAUGCAGGUAGGUAGUGAUGGGUAUGUUCUAAUCUGCCAAGGGCUUUUCCUUGCUGUCAUCUGGCUAGAGUUGUAGGGAUAUAAAUCCACAUAGCAAAAUGGUAGGGAACCAGAAAGGUAGUAAGUAGAUGAACUUUAGGACUACACCAGGAAAAUGGUGCUACUGUUCUUUUAAAUUUCUUCCUUUUUGUUCUUUUUGUUUGUUUGUUUGCUAACCUGUUAGUAAUGAUAAGCAGAUACUGUCUUUGGUUGUUUCUGUUAGAUGAAUGAAGCUUCUGUUUUAACUGUAGAUUAUCUCUGAGGAGCUAAGGAAGUAGAAAAUCUGGAAAGGAGUCUGUUGGGAUUCUCACAGGGAAUAGCUAUUAGAUCAACUAAGCAAAUGAAAAAGUUAAUAGUAUAUGGAUAAACCACAUGUGUGUAAUUGGAACUUUUUAGGAUUCUGAGAUUUUUAAAGUCUUGUUUAAAAACUGUGUUAUCACCUUAAUAUAAAAGUCUUAGUGCUUGAGCAUACUUAUCCAACUGUGGUUUUCUUUAGAUGAGGAAACUGAGGUCCAGAGAAGUUGAAGCUUUCCCAAGGUCACACAGCAGAGCUGGAACUAGAGCUUGCAUUUCCUGACUUCCAGAUUAGUGUUAUUUUUACUUCAAACUAUUACUUCUUGGUGAGUUAUUGUGGGAAAAAUCCUGUAUUUUGAAGAUGUCUCUACACAGUAUCGUUUCCUGUUUAAAUUACAGAUAACUUCAAGAGUUUUCAGAAAAAAAGAAAUUGGGACUUUUUUGGUUAAAUCAUGCCAUCUGAACAGAAAGAGUUAUUUUGUGAUGAAAAACAAACAACUUUAAAAAAAGAUUAUGAUGUGAAAAAUGAGAUAGUUGAUAGAUCAGUACUUAAGCCAAAAAUUUCAGAAAGUAUUCAUUAUGAACUAAAAAAUGUGAAAAUUCAUUUGCCAAAAAUAAAUAUUCCAAAUGAAGUCCUAUUGAAACAUGAAGUUGACAAAUACAGAAAAUUAUUUCAGAGUAAACAGCAAACUGCAAGAAAAUCUAUCAGUAUAAAGACUGUAAGCUGUGUAGAGGAGUGUACAUUGCUUCAUAAGUCUGAGAGAGCUGAAGAAGAGGGUAUAAAAAUGUCUGCAAAAAUACUCAAUUUCAGCUGUUUAAAAUGCCGAGACAACACUCGAUACAGCCCAAAUGAUUUGCAGAAACACUUUCAAAUGUGGCACCAUGGCGAAUUACCUUCAUAUCCUUGUGAAAUGUGUAGCUUUUCAGCAAAUGACUUUCAGGUAUUUAAACAACACAGACGAACCCAUAGAAGCACUUUAGUAAAAUGUGACAUUUGUAACAAUGAGAGUGUAUAUACUUUACUGAACUUGACAAAGCAUUUCACAUCCACACAUUGUGUUAAUGGUAAUUUUCAAUGUGAAAAGUGUAAGUUCUCCACCCAGGAUGUUGGCACAUUUGUUCAGCACAUUCAUAGACAUAACGAAAUUCAUUAUAAGUGUGGUAAAUGUCAUCAUGUAUGUUUUACCAAAGGAGAGCUUCAGAAGCACCUUCAUAUUCAUUCUGGUACUUUUCCCUUCACUUGUCAAUAUUGUAGCUAUGGUGCCACCAAGAGAGAACACCUUGUAAGACAUGUUAUAACUUUGCACAAAGAACAUUUAUAUGCAAAAGAAAAACUGGAAAAAGACAAAUAUGAAAAAAGAAUGGCAAAGACUUCAGCAGGACUUAAGCUAAUACUGAAAAGAUAUAAAAUAGGUGCAUCAAGGAAGACAUUCUGGAAACGUAAGAAAAUUAACAGUGGAAGUGAUAGAAUUAUAGAAAAGAACACGCAAGUGCUUCAGAAAAUGAACAAAACACAGACUAAAUCUGAAGACCAGAGCCAUGUUGUUCAAGAGCAUUUAAGUGAAGAAAAGGAUGAAGGACUACACUGUGAGAAUAAUGAUAAAGCCCCUGAAUCAGAGUCAGAGAAGCCAACUCCUGUGUCCACUGGGCAAGGUAAUAGAGCUGAAGAGGGACCAAAUGCUAGUUCAGGUUUCAUGAAGACUGCUGUACUAGGACCUACACUGUUAAUGCUGAAAAAUAAUAAAAUAACAGUUCCCCCUAACUAUAGUGCUAAGUUUAUGGGCUUCAAGAUGAUGGAUGGAAAACAGCAUAUUGUAUUAAAAUUGGUGCCUAUCAAACAAAAUAUAUGUUCACCAGACUCACACUCAGGUGCUGCAAAGGACAGUACUGCUAAUUUGCAGCCCCAGACUUUGGACACUAAUGGAUUUUUGACAGGAGUAACAACUGAGUUAAAUGAUACAGUUUAUAUGAAAGCAGCUACUCCAUUUUCGUGUUCAUCUUCUAUACUUUCAGGGAAAGCAAGUUCAGAAAAGGAAAUGACUUUGAUAUCUCAAAGGAAUAAUAAGCUUCAAACAGUGGAUAAUGAGAAGAGUGUAUCUUCUUUGUCAGCAACGUCAGAAUUGGUUACAUCAUCAGUGAAUUUGACCACAAAGUUUGAAACGAGAGAUAAUGUUGACUUCUGGGGAAAUAAUCUCACUCAGAGUCACCCCGAGGUAUUAGGUACCACCAUUAAAAGUCCAGAUAAAGUCAACUGUGUUGCCAAACCAAAUGCAUACAGCAGUGGAGAUAUGCAUAAUUAUUGCAUUAAUUAUGUCAACUCUGAGCUACCUGUUGAGUCCUCCAACCAAGGAUCAUUACCUUUUCAUAAUUACUCAAAAGUGAAUAAUUCUAAUAAACGUCGUAGGUUUUCAGGAACAGCAGUGUAUGAAAACCCUCAAAGAGAAUGUUCAUCCAGCAAAACAGUUGUCCAACAACCAAUUAGUGAAUCAUUUUUAUCACUAGUGAGGCAGGAGACCUCAAAACCAGAUAGCCUGUUAGCAUCUAUUAGCCUUUUAAAUGAUAAAGAUGGAACUUUAAAAGCAAAAUCUGAAAUUGAAGAACAGUAUGUUUUAGCAAAAGGACAAAACAUUGAUGGACAAAACCUGUACAUUAAUGAAAAUCAAAAUUUAGAGUGUGCGACUGAAAAAUCUAAAUGGGAUGGCUUUUCUAAUGUGGAUUCACCUAUGAUGCCUAGAAUCACAUCUGUUUUCUCUCUCCAGAGCCAACAGGCAUCAGAAUUUCUGCCACCUGAAGUAAACCAAUUGCUUCAGGAUGUAUUGAAAAUAAAACCUGAUGUAAAACAAGACUCUAGUAACACUCCAAAUAAAGGCCUACCACUUCAUUGUGACCAGUCAUUUCAAAAACAUGAGGGAGAAAGCAAAAUUGUUGAAUCUUCGAAAGAUUUCAAAGUGCAAGGCAUCUUCCCAGUUCCACCUGGCAGCAUGGGUAUUAAUGUGCCUACAAAUGAUUUGAAUUUGAAAUUUGGAAAAGAAAAACAAGUGCCAUCAAUGCCACAAGAUGUGAGAGAUUCAGAGAAGAUGCCUAGAAUUUCAGGGUUUGGCACAUUACUUAAGACUCAGUCAGAUGCAAUAAUAACACAGCAGCUUGUAAAAGACAAACUACGAGCCACCACACAAAAUUUAGGUUCUUUUUAUAUGCAGAGUCCACUUUUAAAUUCAGAACAAAAAAAAACUAUAAUUGUUCAGACUUCGAAAGGAUUUUUAAUACCACUGAACAUUACUAACAAGCCUGGGCUACCGGUUAUUCCCGGAAAUGCACUUCCAUUGGUUAAUUCACAAGGUAUCCCUGCUUCUCUUGUUGUCAACAAGAAACCUGGGAUGAUUUUAACACUUAAUAAUGGGAAACUUGAAGGUGUUUCCGCUGUCAAAACCGAGGGUGCCCAAGCUCAUGGAACUAUGACUAAGGAGCCUUGCAAAACACCUAUUUUGAAGGUAGAACCAAACAAUAAUUGUCUUACACCUGGACUUUGUUCCAGCAUUGGCAGUUGUUUGAGCAUAAAAAGUAGCUCAGAAAAUACUUUGCCAUUAAAAGGCCCUUACGUUUUGAAACCAACAAGUUCUGUGAAAGCUGUUCUUAUUCCUAACAUGCUAUCCGAGCAACAGAGCACUAAGUUGAAUAUCUCUGAUUCAGUAAAACAGCAGAAUGAGAUUUUUCCCAAACCACCUCUUUAUACCUUCUUGCCUGAUGGCAAACAAGCUGUUUUUUUAAAGUGUGUGAUGCCAAAUAAAACUGAGCUGCUUAAGCCCAAAUUAGUCCAAAAUAGUACUUAUCAAAAUAUACAGCCAAAGAAACCUGAAGGAACACCACAAAGAAUAUUGCUGAAAAUUUUUAACCCUGUUUUAAAUGUGACUGCUGCUAAUAAUCUGUCAGUAAGCAACUCUGCAUCCUCAUUGCAAAAAGACAAUGUACCAUCUAAUCAGAUUAUAGGAGGAGAGCAGAAAGAGCCAGAAUCUUCUAGAGAUGCCUUACCCUUCUUACUAGAUGACUUAAUGCCAGCAAAUGAAAUUGUGAUAACUUCUACUGCAACAUGCCCAGAAUCUUCUGAGGAACCAAUAUGUGUCAGUGACUGUUCAGAGUCCAGAGUAUUAAGGUGUAAAACAAAUUGUACAGUUGAGAGGAACUUUAAUAGAAAAAAGACUUCCAAAAAAAUUUUUUCAAAAACAAAAACUCACGGAAGUCAAGACUCUGAAACUGCCUUUGUAUCUAGAAACAGAAACUGUAAACGAAAGUGUAGGGAUAGUUACCAAGAACCUCCAAGAAGAAAAGCAACAUUGCAUAGAAAGUGUAAAGAAAAGGCAAAACCUGAAGAUGUCCGUGAAACAUUUGGAUUUAGCAGACCUAGGCUUUCAAAAGAUUCCGUCAGAACUUUGCGGCUUUUCCCUUUUAGUUCUAAACAGCUUGUGAAAUGUCCUAGGAGAAACCAACCAGUUGUAGUUUUGAAUCAUCCUGAUGCAGAUGCACCAGAAGUAGUAAGUGUAAUGAAAACUAUUGCUAAAUUUAAUGGACGUGUACUUAAGGUUUCAUUGUCAAAAAGAACUAUAAAUGCUUUACUGAAACCAGUUUGUUAUAACCCUCCUGAAACACUUUACGAUGAUUUUUCCAAGAGGCACAAAACAUUUAAACCUGUUAGUUCCGUGAAAGAAAGAUUUGUGCUAAAAUUAACACUGAAAAAGACAAGCAAAAACAAUUACCAGAUUGUGAAGACUACCUCUGAAAAUAUUUUGAAGGCUAAAUUUAACUGUUGGUUUUGUGGUAGAGUAUUUGACAAUCAGGAUACUUGGGCUGGUCAUGGGCAGAGACAUUUAAUGGAAGCCACUCGGGAUUGGAACAUGUUAGAAUAGUUUACCAUAAUUACCCAGGAAAAGAAAAGUAAAAUUACCUUAGAAGAAAACAAUGCGUUGAAUUACUGUAAUGCAGACAUUUUCUACUUCAGUAUAGUACCUGAAAUUGAACACUUAAAAAGUUGAUUAUCUUUCUGUGGAAGAGUAAAAAUUGUGUGUAUGAUAUUUGAAACUACUAUUCCUGCACUCAGAAGUUUUGAAAGAAACUAAUCACAGCACAGAAGUACCUUGAUUUAAUUUUUUAAACGUGUUCUUGGGAAGUUAGGGCUAAAGAAAAUUUUGAUAAAACAAUUUUCCCACUUUAGUUCUUUAGUGACUCUUAGUAGAGGGUAAUGGCUGACACCCCCAUUCCCUCUCUUCUUCCACCAGCCUUAUGCAUCUAAGUGUAGCUCCUCUGGAGAUGGAGAGCUCUUUCAUCAUAGAACUGAAGGAGUUUCUCACAUUUGUGAAGAUACUUUGAGAGAAUUGGGUAAAGAAGUUAGUCUAUGUCUGCUAAAUAUAGUUAUUUUGAAGGAUAUUAGGCUCCUUGAAAGUACAUUUAACUCACUACAGUUACACCUCAUAUAAUGCUUGAGUUUUUGGCAAGUAAAUUUGUUUUCCAGUUGAACUCUGUCACAUGUUAGAGAUUGGGAACACUCUCUGGUGAUUUUCUUUUUCUAAAUGACGAUGUCAAACGUUGCAGUAGAUGGGCAGCUUCAAGAGAAGAAUUUAAACUUUUUGUCUCAUUGAAAGUUUGGUUAAAGAACUUGAACAUAGUUGUGAAUUUGAUUAUAUUCUCUGAUGAUCCCCUUGCACAGAACUAUGCUUAUCUCAUUUAAGUUGUUUGUCCACCAUAAACAAAUGGCCAUUUUUUCUUCUUGGUUCCCAUCCCUUUAAAAAGAAUGGAACAUAGAAGCACUUCCAAGGAAGUGGCUUUUCUUGAAAGUUAAAAUUUUUUACCAAAACAGUGUUCUGAAGCAAGAUCAUAUUUUUGUCUGUAUUCACUUUAUUAUUUGAACAUGUCCAAAUUAGGACAAACCAUUUCAGUUAGCUGCUUCUUAGUGUGACUGACAACCCAAAACAUAUAUACAGAUUUUUGGCAUUUGAAAAAGGAAGCAUCAACAGUGGACCCAGAGGCAGUGCAUAAAACCUUAGGAUAGAUUCCUAAGGGACAUGCCCAACAGAGUUUUAAAAUGGAUGUUUUCGUGGUGACAACAGAAUCAGAUUUAAAUUUUUCACCUUGUAAGUUUGGAUCAAAUUUUGUUGGAUCUUUGGAUGAUGGAGUUCUUGUAUUACAAAAUUACGUGCUAUAUGAUUUUUUGUUACAUUGUUACAAGUGUUAAUGACAUUUUCAUUGAUUGAUGAAAACUUCAGGGCUUCUUUUCUGUAUAUAACAAAUUAAAUCUGUACAUAUUUUUGUACCUUUUAGUUAUGUAAAUUUUGCACAGAAAUUUUUGGCAUAAGUUUAUUUUCUUUCAGUUUAGUUCUGUGCAUGCACUAAUAAAACUGGUUGUUUACUUUAAAAGGAAUAUAUAAGACUUUACCCAUGUUAUUUUCUUGGUUUUUAUUUCAGAUGUAGAUUUUGUUUUUGAGGUAAAUUCGUUUUUCAGGGAUUGAACACUAUUGUUAGCAAGUGCCUAAAAAAGAUGUGAAACAGUUUACAUAUGUCAACUGUAACAGUAGGUCCCAAAUGGGCCCAUUCCCCUGAUAGUUUUAUUUUAAAGAAAGCCAUACAUAGAAUGCUUCAAGCUAUCUUGCUAUGCACAUUAUACUUGUACUGUUUUGUGCAGUUUGUCUACUUUCUUAGUGAAGUAUUUUUUGUAUAAAAUGUUACAAUUGUGUUUCUUAAAUUGAGCCUAAGAAUGGAGUUAAUUGGAAAUAUACAAUAUAUAUUAAUAAUGUAUAUGGUGUUUAAAGAAUGGUAAGCAUUGUUAAUUUCUGUAAUGAGCAUUUUCAAUUAAAUUUAUCCUAAGUUUGUGUUUACACAAUAAUUUUUUUUACUGUGCUAAAAUCUAAUGGACAUUUUAUUCCCUAACUAGGAAAUACAGAUUUUAAAGUGUAUGUGUUUUUUCAAUGCUAGUUAACUGUACAAGAUAAAGUGUGGGAUUUUUUUUCUUCCCAAAAUCAUAGAUGAUAUAUUGUUUUAAGAAAGGUAACAGAUACCAUAAUUUUACUGUGGUUACGCUGGCAAGGUAAGCCAUAGAGAGGCUUAUAGUCUUCAGUGCCCUAACGGCAAUAAAAAUAAAAUGCUCUGUUUGUUACAUACAUAAAAUGCUCUGUUUGUUACAGAGGCAUCAUUUGCUGUAAAUAGAGAGGAGAGAGAAGGAACUUUCCUGCUAAUAUUCACACUCUAAAAUUACAUUUCAGAAUAGCCCUAUCAGGAAAAUAAUGUCAAGAUAUGUACUUCUUGCCUUAAAGUUUUAACAACCAUUUAAGCUUCGUGCUGCAGAUAUUCUAGUUGGAACUUUUUCUGAUUUUGUUAACUUAGGGUUAUUCUGAGGGAGGCAAACCUGCUUAGAGCUUCAUUAUUGCCAUUGCAGAAAAUCCAAAACAAAAUCCUGUAUCCUUUAUUUUUUUGUGGCUUUUCAAAGAGGACUUUCCAAGAUAUAUUCAGUAGUUCAAGGUCCUUAUUACAAUUGAAGAGUUAGUUUUAGUUUUGCAGUUGAAAUUCUGGGUCAGGAAUUGGUUUUAUUUUUUCCAAUUUGUCCAUCUCCACUGAAAUGCGUCUCUCACUAUUUGGCAUCUACUUAAAAAAAUUCACUUUUCAAAGAAUUUAUCUUGCUAAGUAUUCAGUAAUACGAAUUGAAAUGUAAUAGGUUUUUUAAUGAAAAAUGUUUUCAUUGAGGGGCUAGCAAAUUUUUUCAAUAAAGGGUCAGAUAAAUAACUUAAACUUCGUAGGCCUUCUAGUUUCUGUCCUAACUACUCAAUUCUCACAAUGCAGAAACAACCAUAGACAAUAUAUAAAUGAAUUCGUGUGGCUAUGUUUUAA